AUGAUGCUGAGGGAAGAGUACGAGUCAUUCUCAUCCAAUGAAGAAGAUAUUGGCUGCAUCCCUGAUCUGGAAAUGGAGAUUAAUCUGCAUAAUAACCAGCCAGUGCAAAAGAAGUACACGUCAAUUCCUCGACCACUGUAUCCGGAGGUGAAACAGUACAUUGAAGACCUUCUGAACCAGAAUUUCAUCACUGAAUCCAAGUCCCCAUACUCCUCUCCAGUUGUCUGUGUUCGCAAGAAGGAUGGGUCUCUAAGGCUAUGCAUUGACUAUCGAGAACUAAAUCGCAAGACUAUUGCUGACAGACAUCCCAUUCCUAGAGUCCAAGAGACCUUGGAUAGUCUUGGCGGAAAUAAGUGGUUCAGUGUACUUGACCAGGGUAAGGCGUAUCAUCAGGGGUUCGUAAACAGGGACAGUAGAGCAGCGACAGCAUUCAUUACACCGUGGGGGCUAUAUGAAUGGGUAAGGAUCCCAUUUGGAUUGAUGAACGCACCUGCGAAUUUCCAACGGUUUAUGGAACGUUGUUUGGGUGAACUAAGGGAUAAAGUGGCUAUACCGCACCUCUCGAUGACAUCAUAGUAUUUAGUAGGACAUUUGCAGAACACAUCGAGCAUCUGAGAACAGUAUUGCGAAAAGUUACGAGCACAUGGAGUCAAGUUGAAGCCGCGCAAGUGUAGUUUGUUCAAACGCGAGGUCAAGUUUUUAGGAAGAGUUGUGUCAGGUGAUGGUUACCAGAUGGAUCCAGGGUGUGUACAAGCUAUCGAGAAGUUAAAGGAAGUAACACCCAAAACUGUUGGUGAAGUAAGACAGCUUGCAGGAAUACUAAGUUACUACCGAAGGUACAUUAAAAACUUUGCUAAAAUUGCGAAACCGAUCUAUGACUUGCUUACCAGCACAGGACAGGAUGGACAACAGCCCUCAAAGACGCCAAUCGUUUGGGGAAGAGAACAGCAACUAGCCCUCGAGAAGUUAGUGGGACACCUCAGUAAUCCACCCAUUAUGGCUUAUCCAGAUUUCUCAAAAGCAUUUACUCCACACACCGACGCAAGUAAAGACGGUCUCGGGGCAGUGUUGUACCAAAACCAGGAUGGGGUCAUGCGAGUUAUUGCUUAUGCUUCACGAGCGCUGUCACCAGCUGAGAAAAAGUACCACCUUCACGCAGGAAAACUUGAGUUUCUUGCUCUAAAAUGGGCAGUGACUGAACACUUCCGUGACUACCUUUACUACUCGCCAAAGUUUACUGUUUUCACUGAUAACAACCCCUUGACAUACAUCCUAACAUCAGCGAAACUGAACGCCACUGGUUUACGGUGGGUUAAUGAAUUAGCCGACUUCCAUUUUGAGAUCAGGUAUCGACCAGGAAAAGCCAACGCAGAUGCUGACACCUUGUCUCGUAUGCCAAUCAGUUUUGAGGGCUAUAUGAAAAGUUGUUCGAAGUAGUUAAUCAGGAUGUUCUGGAUGCCGUCACAUCUUCAGUCCAUGUAACUAACACCCCCAGACCGCCUGGUUGUCAUCUCUCACCGCAGUACACGACAUGUUAAAGGAAGAGCGUGUAGACAUUCCAACUCUGCCACGUGAUGAACUUGUCGCAGCUCAGCAAGAAGAUCCAUCAAUUGCUCGUGUUUUACAGUUUAUCCAAAUUGGAAGGCGUCCCACCUAUCAGGAAAGGCAGCAAGAGACAGCUAUUGCCCGACAACUCUUACACGAAUGGAAUAAACUGUUUAUUGCUGAAGAUGGAAUCCUUUAUCGGAAAACUGGGUGUGGAGACAAAAUGGUUUUACCCAAGAAAUACCACAAAAAGGGUGUAUGAAGAGCUACACGAAAACAUGGGGCACUUGGGUGCCGACAGAGUAGUGGAACUAGCUAGAGAACGCUUCUAUUGGCCGUUUAUGAGAGCAGACAUCACCCAUUAUGUCACAAAAGUGUGUCGUUGCCUGAAGCAACGUAAACCCGCAACUCAUGUCCACGCACCACUUCAGCCUAUCCUCUCCACAGCACCUUUCCAACUCGUCUCCAUGGACUAUGUUCAUCUCGAACCAAGCUCGGGUGGAUACCAGUACAUAUUGGUAAUCAUGGAUCACUACACCAGAUUUGCCCAAGCAUACGCCACCGGGAUAAGUCUGCGAAGACCGCUGCCAACAAACUGUAUAAUGACUUUAUCAUGAGAUUUGGGUUUCCAGGAACCAUUCAUCAUGACCAGGGCGGAGAGUUCGAAAACAAACUCUUCUACAACCUUGAGAAACUGAGUGGGAUCAAACAUUCAAGGGACAACCCCUACCAUCCACAGGGGAAUGGGCAGGUUGAAAGGUUCAACCGAACACUUCUAUCAAUGCUGAGAGCCCUGCCAGAGAAACAGAAAUCCCGUUGGCGUGACCAUCUCAAUAAAGUAGUCCAUGCAUACAAUUGCACUCGCCACGACUCUACUGGAUUCUCACCUUUCUAUCUACUAUUCGGUAGGGGCGCCAAGGCUACCCAUCGACCUAAUGUUUGGCUUGAAACCUCCAGAGGGAUAUUCUACAUACCCUGAGUAUGUUAAAAAUUGGCGAAAGAGCCAUGAAAGAAGCUUACUUAACUAGCCUCCGCUCAUGCAAAGAACAGUGCAGACAUGGGGAAACAACAGUAUGACAAGAAAGUUAGACAUACCACGCCACGUGAAGGAGACCGUGUUCUUGUGCGAAACAUGACGGAGCGUGGUGGCCCAGGAAAGUUACGCUCUUAUUGGGAGCAAGAAAUCACGUUGUUACUCAAAAGAGGGAGGAUAUGCCAGUUUACGAGGUAAAACCAGAGACUGGUAAUGGAAGGACAAGAGUUCUGCAUCGCAACCUGCUGCUACCAUGUUCCUUUCUACCUGUUGAGAUACCACCUAAGCCAUCCAAGGGUUGUCGCAUACGAUGCCCAGGACAACCCGAAGACAGCAGGAGCUACAAGAGAACACAACCAGAACCACUGAUGAGAACAUCCCUGGGUUAACACCUGGUCAACUUCAAGAAUUUUACGAGUCUCACGAGGAAUCAUACUGAAGACAAUUGCCAAAUUGUUCCAGAGUUAGAUGAACACGACACUUACCCUUGUCAAGUUGAUGGUCCAGGCUCAGAGGGAGAGGCUGAAGACACAGAGCAACCAAGUGGUGCGUUCGAUGAUGAAGCUGUAGAUGGUGUACCUCUAAGACAGUCACAGCGCUUAAGCAGACCACCCCUCAGGAUGACCUAUGAUGCAAUGGGACAACCCUCCUUUCAACCCAGUUCCACAACAGGAAUUCGCGGCAUCACAGCAUCAUAUCCACACCAGUUAUGGCAGCCUGUCCCGGUAUCAUGGAUGGUGCAACAACCUGUCUUUCAGCCCUUCAGUUAUUUUGUACCGUUCCCAGUACACGUUCAGCCGAUGUAU